UCUUUCUUUCCUAGUGUUCUCACAUGCUCUUUCUCCCUCACCGUCUCAGUUUCACUCCCUUUUUUCUCACAUGGUCUCUUGCAUUUUUUGUCUCCUCAACCAUCGGUCAUUCUUCUCCCUGCUCUUCUCCUCCUUCGGCCUUCACUGCUCUGAGCUCCAUAAUGAGGUGGAGUGCCCGAGUCUCUAUGGCAUCAGAAUGAGUAAUGUGUCCAUUACAGUAGCCUAUACCCUGUUGUGUGCUGAGUUUCUUUCUCCCCCACAGUGAGACUGUAAUUUACCUCAGAGUAAAAUUGUGGCGGUGAAAGACCGUUGUUGACUGUGUCUAAUCGCCUAUUGGUGGAGGUGCACAGUAGUUGGGGCAUAGACUCUAUCUGCUGUCAAAUGUGGCAACAGUGAAAGCAAAAAUCCUUCAAUAUUUCAUAUUAUGCACUUCUCAAUUUCUCAACAAUUAUUAACAAGCAUGCAUCUAAGAUCAGGGUUGACAUAUGAACAAGCCCUCACUGUAAGAAAAAGAAGUGUGAAUUGAUGAUUGACACCGAACAUAAUUGACAUCCUCAGGCAUUUCUCCUCCUCCAGUCAUGGCUAGUGGGAUCGGGCAGUGCGCCUGAACCCCUAGCACUACUACAGCCAGGGUGUGUUGUGGGCAGGGGCUCCCAUCUGCUUGUUCGUUUGGCGGAGGAAGGAAGAGUGGAGUCAGGUGUUUCCAGCGGUGCUGCAGAAUGCUGACGAAGCCUCUGCCUCAGCUUCAGCCUCAGCCUCAAGCGUGCGCACACCGCUCCUGUCAGAUUAUCACCCCUCCGAGACUGAAGAGGUGUCGCCCUACCCAUGGCCUCACCUCUUCCCUCUUUUCUCCCCUCUCUCUCACCCCUGGCUCUGGAAUUCACCCUGUUCUGCUGUCGUGUCGCUCUUUUUUUCCUUCUUUCAUUUCUUUCCAUCUCAUUCCUGUUUGCUCUCCGUUUCACUUUGUCUUUUUUCAUGAUGCACCCCCCCCCUUCCGUGUUUGUGUUUUCUAUGUCAGUGGUGCAGUGUUUCAAUUUGACUUGGGUUAAGGAGGUUUUUGGAUAACCUGCCUUGCAAGCAAACCCAACUGAAAAUCUCUAGAAAGCUUUUUCAGUCACAUGUGGCUAUUUCUCCUCAGCAGAGAAGUGUUCGCAUGGCGUUUCCACUCUUUCUCCUCCACACUCUCUUUGUGGCACGGCGCCAUAGUUGCACUGAGCCAAAAUGCCUCAUGAGUGAGAUUUACCCCAAAACACGUUCUGAGAUUUGCUAAACGACACAUUCAAAUAGCAGUCAUUUCACUUCACAAGACCACAGCAUACUUGGUAGCUCAAAACCUCCAGCCAUGAAGCAGCCCUUGGGUUAUCAGUCUCUGCUAUUGACGAAGAUGAAAUGGCCGUGCCAAAAGAUGAACGUCCUCAAAGACAACAAAGACCUGGCCUGUUUCUACACCACCAAGCACUCCUGGAGGGGAAAGUAUAAGAGAGUCUUCUCAGUAGGCACUCAUGGCAUCACCACAUACAACCCCACAACGCUAGAGGUCACAAAUCAGUGGCCGUAUGGAGAUAUCUGUGGCAUCGCGCCCGUGGGCAAGGGCCAGGGCACCGAGUUCAACCUCACCUUCCGCAAGGGCAGCGGGAAGAAGUCGGAGACGCUCAAGUUCUCCACAGAGCACCGCACAGAGCUGCUGACCGAGGCACUGCGCUUCAGGACAGACUUCUCUGAAGGGAAGAUCACUGGGAGGCGCUACAACUGUUACAAGCACCACUGGAGCGACACACGCAAGCAGGUCAGCCUGGAGGUCACGCCAGGGGGCAUUGACCAGAUCGACCCCCACACCAAUCGGGUGAUCUGCUCCUACGACUACCGGUCCGUAGAGGGCUUCGCUGAAGUGUCCGACUACCAGGGCGGGUUCUGUAUCCUCUACGGUGGCUUCAGCAGGCUGCACCUGUUUGCGUCAGAGAACCGUGAUGAGAUCAUCCGCAGUGCCAUCGAGCAUGCCGGCAACUACAUCGGCAUCAUGCUCCGGCUGCGUAAGGACCCGCUCACGUUUGAGGGCUUCGCCGUCGAGCGCCUCGGCAAGUACGGCUCGGACGAGUGCAUCACCUCGCUGGCCGAGUUCGUGGUGCAGAAGGUCUCCCCUCGACACUCGGAACCUAUAAGGAGGAUCCUGGCCCUCACAGAGACAUGCCUUGUUGAAAGAGACCCUGCCUCUUACAACAUUGUCACCAUCAAGCCCUUUGAAGAGGUGUUUGCGCUGAUCUGCGACCAAGACAACCCUCAAGUGUUUACCGUGGAGUUCAUCAGAGGACAGAUCCGCAAAUACAGCUCCACAGAAAGAGACUCUCUGCUGGCGAGCCUGCUGGAUGGGGUGCGUGCGUCGGGGAACCGGGACGUGUGUGUGAAGAUGGCGCCCACCCAGCGAGGACAGCGCUGGGGCCUGCUCAGCAUGCCCGUGGACGAGGAGGUGGAGAGCCUGCACCUCAAGUUUCUGGCCGCCCCACCCAAUGGGAACUUCAGUGACGCUGUGUUCAGAUUCAACGCCAACAUCUCCUACAGUGGGGUGCUUCACGCCGUCACCCAAGAUGGUCUGUUUUCUGAGAACAAGGAGAAGCUCAUCAACAAUGCCAUCCUGGCGCUGCUGUCCCAGGAGGCCGAGAUGACCGGGCCCAACGCUGACCUGGAGAGCCAGUUCCAGGCCCUGCGCCGGCUGGUGGCCUCCAAAGCUGGCUUCCAGGCCUUCACCCAGCUGCCCCGGUCUGGUCAGAUGGCUGGGCCGGAGCUUCGAACAUUUCGUGAAAAGCUUGGAGUGAAGACCGUAAAGGCCUUGAAAAGAAACCACAACGGCGUAACCCAUGCUGCCAUUGACAUGCUGUGUGCACUUAUGUGUCCCAUGCAUGAUGACUAUGACCUCAGACAAGAGCAACUGAACAAAGCCUCCCUACUCUCCUCCAAGAAGUUUCUGGAAAAUCUGCUGGAGAAGUUUAUCAGCAAUGUGGAUCAAGGUACAGGUGCUCUGGUCAUCAGUUCCCUGCUGGACUUCCUGACCUUUGCCCUGUGUGCGCCGUACAGUGAGACCACCGAGGGUCAGCAGUUUGACAUGCUGCUGGAGAUGGUGGCCUCGAACGGACGCACCCUCUUCAAACUAUUCCAGCACCCUUCCAUGGCUAUUGUAAAGGGAGCAGGCCUGGUCAUGAAGGCCAUUAUUGAGGAAGGAGAUAAGGAAAUCGCCACUAAGAUGCAGGAGCUGGCCCUGAGUGAGGGAGCUCUGCCCCGCCACCUGCACACAGCCAUGUUCACCAUCAGCUCAGACCAGAGGAUGCUCACCAACAGGCAAUUGAGUCGUCAUCUGGUUGGCCUGUGGACAGCGGAAAAUCCCACGGCCUUGAACCUCCUGAAGCGGAUCCUGCCCACAGGUUUACUGGCCUAUUUGGACAGCGCAGACCCCGUCCCAGAGAAGGAUGUCGAUCGCAUGCACAUCCGUGAUAACGUCAAAAUAGCCACGGAUCAGUACGGGCGCAACAAGGUGCCCGAGUGGCAGCGGAUAGCUGGCAAAGCUGCCAAAGAGGUGGAGAAGUUUGCCAAGGAGAAGACCGACAUCGUGCUCAUGCACUGGCGAGACAAGAUGGGCAUCGCUCAGAAAGAGCAGGACAGGAAUAACCUGAACCCCAACCAAAAACCAGUCAUCCUCAGGAAGAGAAGACAGAGGAUCAAGAUCGAAGCCAACUGGGAGCUCUUUUACUACAGGUUUCAGAAUGACCACGCGCGCUCCAACCUCAUCUGGAACCUGAAGACGCGUGAGGAGCUGCGCGAUGCCCUGGAGGGCGAGAUGCGCUCCUUCAGCGUGGACCGCGAGCUGGGCAAUGCCAGCGUCAUUUCCUGGAACCAUCAGGAGUUCGAGGUGAAGUACGAGUGCCUCUCAGAUGAGAUAAAGAUUGGUGAUUAUUACCUGCGGCUGCUCCUGGAGGAAGAUGAGAAUGAGGAGUCUGGGGCCAUCAAGAGAUCGUACGAGUUCUUUAAUGAGCUCUACCACCGUUUCCUGCUCACACCCAAAGUCGCCAUGAAGUGCCUGUGUCUGCAGGCUCUGACCAUAGUCUACGGUAAAUGCUGCGAGGAGAUUGGACCGUUCACCGACACCAAAUAUAUUGUGGGCAUGCUUGAGCGGUGUACUGAUCGACUGGAAAGAGACAGGCUGAUCCUGUUCCUCAACAAACUCAUACUGAACAAGAAAAAUGUGAAGGAGGUGAUGGACUCUAACGGUGUCAGGACCCUGGUGGACUUGCUUACCCUUGCACACCUGCACACUAGCCGAGCCACUGUGCCUCUACAGACUAACGUUAUUGAAGCUGCUCCUGACAUGAAGAGAGAGAGUGAGAAGGAAUGGUACUUUGGGAAUGCUGACAAAGAAAGAAGAGGACCCUUCAGCUAUGAAGAAAUGCAGGAGUUCUGGACCAACGGCACACUGACAGCCAAGACGCGUUGCUGGGCGCAGGGCAUGGACGGUUGGCGCCCCCUUCAGGCCAUCCCGCAGCUAAAGUGGUGCCUGCUGGCCUCAGGGCAGGCCGUCAUGAACGAGACUGACCUGGCCACGCUCAUCCUUAACAUGCUCAUCACCAUGUGCUCCUACUUCCCUAGCAGAGACCAGGAUAACGCCAUCAUCAGGCCGUUACCCAGAGUCAAGAGGCUGAUCACCGACAACACCUGCCUGCCUCACAUUGUCCAGCUGCUGCUCACCUUUGACCCCAUCCUGGUGGAGAAAGUGGCCAACCUGAUGUACCUGGUGAUGCAAGACAACCCCAACCUGCAGAGGCUCUACCUCACCGGGGUCUUCUUCUUCAUCAUGAUGUACACGGGCUCCAACGUGCUACCGGUGGCCAGGUUUUUGAAGUACACCCAUCUGAAGCAGGCCUUCAAGUCAGAGGAGGCUAAAGGUCAGGACAUAGUGCAGCGCAGUGUGUUGGGCCCAGUGCUGCCUGAGGCUAUGGUGUGCUACCUGGAGAACUACGAGCCGGAGCGCUUCUCUGAAAUCUUCCUGGGAGAGUUUGACACCCCUGAGGCCAUCUGGAGCAGUGAGAUGAGGCGGAUGAUGAUUGAGAAGAUUGCUGCUCACCUGGCUGACUUCAGCCCUCGUCUUCAGAGCAACACGCGAGCGCUCUACCAGUACUGCCCCAUCCCUGUGGUCAGCUACCCUCAGCUGGACUACGAGCUCUUCUGCAACAUCUACUACCUCAGGCACCUCUGCGACUCCACACGCUUCCCCAACUGGCCCAUACGCGACCCUGUGAAGCUGCUGAAGGACACUUUGGAGGCCUGGAAGAAGGAGGUAGAGAAGAAGCCUCCCUCUAUGUCUGUGGACGACGCCUACGAGGUGCUUAACCUCCCCAAAGGACAGGGCCAGCACGAAGAGAGUAAAGUGAGGAAGGCCUACUUCCGCCUGGCCCAGAAAUACCAUCCAGACAAGAACCCAGAGGGCAGGGACAUCUUUGAGAAAGUGAACAAGGCCUAUGAGUUCCUCUGUUCCAAGUCGGCGCGCAUCGUUGAUGGGCCUGACCCGGAGAACAUCAUUCUCAUCCUCAAAGCCCAAAGCAUCCUCUUCAACAGACAUCGCCAAGAACUGGAGCCCUACAAGUAUGCCGGCUACCCCAUGCUGAUCAAGACCAUCACCAUGGAGACGGGUGACCAGCAGCUGUUUUCCAAGACGUCGCCCUUAUUGCCGGCGGCAGCAGAGCUGGCCUUCCACACGGUCAACUGCUCCGCCCUCAACGCUGAGGAACUGCGCCGGGAGAAUGGCAUUGAGAUUUUGCUGGAGGCGCUGUCUCGUUGUGUUGCCGUAUUGACCGCCUCCAGCAAGCCUGAUGACAUGGCUGUCCAGGUGUGCGGGCACAUCUGUAAGUGCUACAGUGUGGCGGCUCAGUUUGAGGAGUGCAGGGAGAAGAUCAUUGAGCUGCCCAAUAUCAUUAGGGACGUCUGUCAUGUGUUGUUCUACGGCAAGGGCCUGCCUCGCCUGGCCUCCCUGGCGGUGCAGUGCGUCAGCUCCUUCGCCGUGGACUUCUUCCUGCAGACGCACCUGUACCACGCCGGCGUGCUGUGGCACCUGGUGCCGCCGCUCUUCAACUACGACUACACGCUGGAGGAGAGCGGCGUGCAGGCCAACCAGGACACCAACCAGCAGGAGGUGGCCAACAGCCUGGCCAAGCUCAGCCUGGUGUCGCUGGCCCGCCUGGGCGGCUACGGCAGCAUGGCGGCCAUCACCGCCGGCACGGGCGACCACGAAGAGGGGCAGCCCAACGGCCUGGACGGCCCGGGGGGGGCGCCGCCGGAGAACCCUACCGUCCGCAAGAGCCUGGCGGCCAUGCUGACGCCCUACAUCUCCCGCAAGCUUGCCACUGGAGCACCUGCGGAGGUGCUGAAGCUGCUCAACAGUAACUCGGAGAACCCAUACCUGAUCUGGAACAACGGAACCCGUGCAGAGCUGCUAGAGUUCCUGGAGGAGCAGCAGGAGGGCAACAUCAAGAGGGGCGAGUGUGAUAAGAACUUUGGUGCUGAGUUUGUGUUCAGUGAUCAUGGCAAAGAGCUGAUCGUUGGAGAAAUCUUUGUUCGUGUUUACAACGAGCAGCCGGCCUUCCCUCUGGAGUACCCCAAGGCGUUUGCGGCCAGCCUGCUGGACUAUGUGGGCUCCCAGGCCCAGUACCUGCACACGCUGCUGGCCAUGACCCAGACCAGCAAGGUGGAGUCGCAGCAGCACGCCCAGAGGCUGCGCUGGGCGGAGAUGGCCCUGGAGGCCCUCCGGAACGUCAUCAAGAACAACCCUGGCUCAGAGACGGAGUGCAUUGGUCACUUCAAGCUGCUCUUCUCCCUGCUGCGGGUGCACGGGGCAGGCAAGGUGCAGCAGCUGGCCCUGGAGGUUAUCAACACUGUGACUUCCAAUCAGGACUGCGUCAGCAACAUUGCAGAGUCGUUGGUUCUGUCCAACCUGCUUGUGCUGCUGCACUCCCUGCCCUCCAGCAGACAGCUUGUUUUGGAAACUCUGUACGCUCUCACCUCCAACACUAAGAUUGUCAAAGAGGCCAUGGGCAAGGGUGCGCUCAUCUACCUGCUGGACCUCUUCUGUAACUCCACUCACCCGCAGGUGCGCUCGCAGACCGCCGAGCUCUUCUCCAAGAUGACCUCAGACAAGCUUGUGGGACCAAAGGUGCGUCUGACUCUGAUGCGUUUCCUGCCGGGUGUGUUCAUGGACGCGAUGCGGGACAACGCGGAGGCAGCCGUGCACAUCUUCGAGGGGACGCACGAGAACCCCGAGCUCAUCUGGAAUGACGGCUCACGCGAGACCGUCUCCACCACUGUCAGAGAGAUGAUGCUGGAGCACUUUAAACAGCAGAAAGAUAACCCAGAUGUCAACUGGAGGCUGCCGGAGGACUUCACGGUCCCUUACGCAGCGGGGCAGGGGGAGCUGGAGGUGGGAGGAGUCUACCUUAGAAUCUUCAUCGCUCAGCCGGGCUGGGUGCUGCGCAAGCCUCGAGACUUCCUGGUAUCCCUACUGGAGACCCUCACCACACUGCUGGAGAAGAACAACCCCAACGGCGAGGCCUUGGAGACGGUCACCACGGCAGCAGUGUGUUUAUUCAGCACGCAGACGCAGCUGGCUGAUCAGGUGCCUCCUCUGGGUCACCUGCCACGGAUCUUAGCCGCACUCAACCACAAGAACAAUGCCGUUCCCAAGAGCUCCAUUCGCCUCAUACACGUGCUGUCUGACAAUGAGUUGUGUGUGCGCUCCAUGUCAGCUCUGGAGACGAUUGGUCCUCUGAUGAGUGGGAUGAAGGUGCGGGCCGACAUGGCUGGUCUGGCCUGUGAGGCCCUCAACCGCAUGUUCCAGAAAGAGCAGACUGAGCUUGUGGCUCAGGCCUUACGGGUGGAGCUGGUGCCCUACCUGUUGCGUCUGCUGGAGGGGAUCGGGCUGGAGACGCUGGACAACCCCUCAGCCAUUAAAGCCCAAAUCGUCAAAGCCCUCAAGUCCAUGACCAGGAGCCUCCAAUAUGGAGACCAGGUGAAUGAUAUCCUUUCUCGUUCCACUGUGUGGAGUGCCUUCAAAGACCAGAAACAUGACCUCUUCAUCUCAGAAUCGCAGGCUGCUGGAUACCUGACAGGUGUGUCCACUCCCUCUCUCCUGGCCUCCAGCAGUCCCUUGCGGAGUGGGCUGUAGUGGGGUAUGCUGGGCUCUUGUUGCCCUCUUCUGUCUUACUUUAACACAGGUCCAGGAGUGGCAGGCUACCUGACUGCAGGUACUGGAGCCACUGUGAUGCCUAAUGUCCCUCCCCCGGUGGACAAUGAUGUUGGAGACCUGGGUUGAGCACACGCCUAGUCCACCUCUGCUCCCACCCCGACUGUAACCUGCAAAGACGGACACUUUGCCGUCCACCUGCCGCUCUGUCCACCCUCCCAAAGUGACACUUAAAAGACAGGCUCAGUCGUCAGCCCUCGAGUAAACAAUAGGAAGGAGGAAGAGGGGAGACAUGGAAAUCCAUUAAAAAACAAUACAAAUCUGAAAAGGCAGGCAACGGAGAGGGGGCUGUUGAUGCGCACCUCACCAAAAGUCCUCAAAAUGUCCACCACAUCUUCACAAAAUGUCUGCCACCAGACACCGCACUGGUCGUCUUCAGUGAUUACUUAACUCUCUUUUAACUUUGUCUUGUCAGCUUCCUUGUCUUUUUGUUUGUUUGUUUUAUGAUUUACUUGAGCUCUUCAUGUUGUUUUCUCUCUCACCCUUGAAGGAAGGAAAAUAGUUUACUUUUGUAUGAGUAUAUUUUUUACAAUUGAUUUUUGGUUUCUGUGUGUGGAAAACAAAGACCACGAAAAGACUGAGGAAUCAUUAUCAUGUCUGCGUCUCCACUCGUCUGCCCUCUCCUCUUCCUCCAAGAGGACAGCCUCCCUUCUUACCCAUAUGACCACUGGACAAGCGCCAAACAUCUCAUCCCCGAGGCUUUUCCACCGAGCUCUCCCUCAUCUACGGACCUGUCCGAUGAUUAUCGCUUUUCGCUUUUCAUGAUUUUUUUUUUUUUUUUGAAGACCUUGUUUUAUAGUGUUGUACAAAUGUGGUUUAAAGAAAGCUGGGAAGAACAAAAAAAGGAGCUUACAGGAUAACCAAGUGAUGCGUCAUCAUGAACCCAA